GACUGACCCAUAUACGGUACUUUUAAAGCUAAUUGUUAUACUGAAAUUAUUGUAACGAGCUGAUAAUAGUGCAAAAGUUUUUGAAAUUUUUUGUGUGAGAAAUAAUGCAACGAUAUUGUAACUCCUGAUAAACUUUUUUACAAAACUAGUUGAUAUGCCAGUUAGAAGAGGAUUGGUAGCACCCAGAACUACACUCAUUGAAACAAUCAUAAGAAAGUUUGAUACUGACAAUCGUUCAUUUUUGGUAGCCAACAGCAGAGAGGGGCAAUGUCACAUAAUCUAUUGUUCGGACGGCUUUUGUCGCUUGACAGGGUAUUCGAGGGCCGAGGUUAUGCAGAGACCUGCCUCCUGCGAGUUCCUGUGCGGUCCGCUAACUUCACAGCAGGCCGUCGCGAAUCUCAGGGAGGCCCUGCAAGAUGGCGUCGAAAAACACGCCGAGAUUUUAUACUACAGAAAAGACGGGACCAAGUUUCUAUGCUCCGAGGUGAUAGCACCUAUAAGAAGCGAGGUGGAUGACAUCAGUUUAAUCAUCAUCAAUUUCGAAGAUUUAACCACGGUGCCAGCCUCGUCCCUAGAGAAUAGUCCCAUAGGAAAAAAUAGGUUAAGUAAAUUUGGAAGAGCUCGAGCGUCCUUUCGCCAAAGUCUGAGGAUAGGAUCCAGCAUUAGGGGAAGGGGGCUUAGACUUGCAGGGUAUCUUACUCCACCCAGUGACGUCACUGCCGCCGAAGAAGAAGAAGACAGAUUGGAGCAAUGCCCUUUGACUUCGAGUGCACCCACGCCGAUUUUAGAACAGACAUGGGUUUCGAAGCCAGAAGUGGCAGCAGUUCCUUUACAGACCACCAUCCCUUCAUCUGCUCAAAUAAAAGACUAUACGGCCUUGACGAUAUCACAUAGUGCACCUGCCAGUCAUCAGGCCUCCUUCGAGAGGGGAGAGAGCAUUGAAAGGACUCGACCUCUCCACUCCACAAAUAAUAGUAAUAGGCAACAUCACGUCAUACAGAAUAGAGUUUCGCAUGCUACCAGUUUAGAUGCCAUAGCUAGACGACAGUGCUUUAAAACUGGAUACCCUACCGUUAGUCUUUCAAAUAAACCUCAGUUAAGUAAGCAAUUUCCAAACGUUUCGUCCGAAAGCGAUCUUCAGAGGUACAGAACAGCACAUGGCAGCGACAGAAAGAGCCCUAGUCUGUCCAACCCCACCGAGUCCCUGAAGCAAAAGGUUUGUCCUCAAGUACGUUCAAGUUUGUACUAA